AUGCAGCUGGCACAGCUGCUGAGCGCCACGUUCGACACGAGCGCGGAGGAGCCGCCUGCGCCGUCGACGAUGACAUGCUGCCCGCCACGUGACCUCUGCUCUGUCGGCGUCCCGGGCUCCGGCUCCGUGCUGGAUGACUCGCCCUCCGACAGCAGCCUGGGCAGCGGCAGCCGCUACGGCAGCCGCCCGGGCUCGCGUGCGGACAGCAACGGCAGCUGCGGCGGCGCGCUGUUUGCGAUGUCCGCGGACGCGCCGGGGCUGUUCGGCGGCUACGGCGCGGCGCGCGUCUCGAGCGUGGCGGGCGCUAGCGCCGCUAGCGCCGCAAACGCCGCAAACCCCGCGGGCGGCGCUCCGCCCGCGCGGGCCCCGACGCCCGCCCGCGCCCGCAACUUCUGGUCGUUGCAAGAGGACGAGCUACUACUACACACCGUGAUCAACGAACGCCGGCUGCUGCUGCAAACCCGCAAGUCCAAGCCGCGCAGCCGGUUCUGGCGCCACAUAAGCUCGAUCCUGCACGUGCAGCACUGCAUUGGCCGCAACAAGCGCCAAUGCCGCGACCGUUUCAACCUGCUGUUCUGGAAGGCGCUGCGCAACAAGCACGAGAAAGUGGGCGCCAACGCCGUGCUGGACUCGUUGCUGCUCCAAUGCCAGCAGCUGUUCUACAUCGACCACGACAACAACAUCAUGCUGCGGGUCGAGGGCGCGCGCGCGGCUACGGCCGGCGCGACGCCCGUUACGGCCGCAGCCGCGGCUGCGGCGCUCGCGGGGCUGAGCGGGGUUAGCGCGGGGACAGGCGGCGCCAGCGGCGCGGCGGGCGCGGCGGGCGCACGUGACCAAGGCACCUCCCUCGUCACGUGCCUCAACGUGCAACUCGCGUUUCUGGCCCGCCGCGUCGACGAGCUGCAGCGCGCGGUCGCCGCCCAGAAGAAGCGGCUGGAGCAGCUCGAGCACACCGCGCCGGACGCGGUUCUGCCGGCGUCGUCCAGCCGCACGCUUUCGGGCUCCUCUGCCGCGGACACAGACUCGCCGGAGCCCGCCGCGCUUGCAUACGAGUAG